AUGAUCAAAGAGCGUAAGCCGUCCAAAAGCCGCGCCCCAGGAAAGGGGCAUAAACAGAUUCCAGGUGUCGCGAAGGAAUCCCAACCUAUUGCGCGGACGCGCACUGGGAAUGUCGAAUUCACGCCUGCCAAAACACACGACAUGGUGAGAUCUUUAUUUGAUCCUACGCUUAAAAAGUCGUUUUUGGAAUGUUGGAUCAGUUUGGCUAUCCUCUCUAAUGUCGUCCUGUGCUAUUUCAUGGCUACAAAGUUCGGUGCAAGCUUCACCAAGAAGUUCUUCCUGUGGCAAUAUGUUUUCUGGAGGCUGUGCUACAACGUUGGAAUAGGUGUGGUUUUGCACUUCCAGUCCAAUUACGAGACGUUGACUAACUUUGCAAAGAUGCGCAGUCUUUUCUCUAAGAAGAACCAGCAGUGGCUUGCACGCUUCUGCCGCUUUGAAAUUGAAUCCAAGAUGCCCAACACUUAUUGCUUGGAAGAGUACCCGGAGGAAUUUAAUGUGUGGCUUUUAUUCCGCCAAUUCGUGGACUUGAUCUUGAUGCAAGACUUCACCACUUAUAUCCUCUUUGUCGUUCUAUCCAUCCCCAAGACGGUUCUUUCCAGCCACACUGUCAGUUUCGCGCUUGGUGUCAUCAUGAUUCUGUUCAACGUUUGGGUGAAAGUUGACGCCCACCGCGUAGUAAAAGAUUAUGCGUGGUAUUGGGGCGACUUCUUUUUCUUCCAAGACUCCAAGCUUGUCUUCGAUGGUGUCUUUAACGUCUCUCCUCACCCCAUGUAUUCCAUUGGCUACAUGGGCUACUAUGGUUUGAGUUUAAUAUCGGGUGAUUACAAGGUUCUUUUGGUGUCUAUUGGUGGUCACUUAUUGCAAUUCCUCUUCCUCAAGUACUGCGAGAACCCGCAUAUUGAGAAGAUUUACGGCUCUGACGCUGUUGAGAAUGACAACGCUCACAUCGAUGAACUUUUGGUCAAGGAGAAUCCCAACUAUUCUAAGCCGCUAAUUACCAAAGGUUUGUGGUUCACUAACGUCGACAAGUUGAGAUUAACAGAUUAUUUUACGAUACUAACUGUGGCCUCCAUUGUCCUGUUCACCUUUUUUUUGAAGCCCUCUACAAAGGCGCUCUUCUGGGCUACUCUUGUUGCGAAAAUUACGACUUCGCUAUUUAUAUCGCUGGUGUUGCAUAAACAGUCAACGUCCAAGUGGUUUACUAGGUUAUUUCUGAAAAAUGGCUACACUCAAGUUCAUUCUUUUUACCAGUGGCAGUUUCUUUACAACUAUUGCUUAACGGUUUCUUACACUCUACUCAUUUUGCAAACCUGGAGCCAGUUUAGGCAUUUAGAAUCCAGGAACUACACGCAGAUCAUUUUUGGGUUCCUCUUGUGCUGGUUACAGAAAUGGUGUGACGACGAGAUCCUCACAGCAAUCUCUGAGUUUGGGUGGUUUUAUGGUGACUUUUUCCUUACCAACUACAUCAGUUCUAGAAAGUUGAACUCCAGAGGGAUCUACAGGUACUUGAGCAACCCUGAAAGGUUCCUUGGGGUGGCGGGCUGUUGGGGCGCCGUGCUAAUUACGCAUUUUUCACCUUAUAAUCUUAUUUUAGCUGCGCUCUGGACGGCGGCUAACAUUGCUCUCGUUAAGCUCGUUGAGGAACCACACGUUUCUAAGGUCUACGGUACCUCUGAAAGAAAGAGCGGUGUUUCGAAGACAUUAAUGGGUUUCAAGCCCAUCAGAAGAUUUUCAGAGAUCAUGGAUAAAAUGGAACUUAGACUUGUCAGACAUCUUACUUCUAACGAUUCACCUUUUGAAGAAGAGGCACCAACUAGUGAGGAAGCUCAAUGGAAUGAAGUUGUUCAACUCGCACUACAGAGUGUCACGGCUAACCUCGCGCCCAACUGUGAAUUCAAGCUUGGUGAUGGUAAAUGCGAUACUUUUAUCAUCCCCGGCCCCGUCGAAGCGCACUGGAAGCUACCCUCGAAGCUCUACAAUAACGAUGAUUGGAUAGGCCUUUACAAGGUUUUUGAAACAGGCGAAGAUCGCCAGAGGACAAGAGUAUCGUCUAAUGGUCGCUGGACUGGCACCAAUGAAGCUGCUUUCCCAUACAGUGGACGGCCCAAAAAGUCCAUUGUUAAAUUUCAGAGAACAGGGGACUUCGUUAAUGGCACAGUAAAGUUUGAUCAUUCGCUGAUGUUUUAUGAAGAGGGUGUUUACGAACUUCGAUACCACAGCGGAAACACACACAAGGUGCUCAUGAUUUCACAGCCUUUUAGACUUUCUUUGCCCAUCGUCAAGGCCGAAUCGGCAGAAGAACUGAGCGAAGGUUUGCAUCAGUUUUUGGCGGAAGUACAUGCCCUAGAUGGCAAUUCUUUCAAUCCAAAUUCGAACAGGUAUUUGGGAGACAGAUUUUUGAAAGGACUCAUUAAGAAGGCUUCCGGCGUUGACUUAUCAGUGAAGUACUUAAGGAGGAUAAACUACGACGUCAGCAUCAUAGGAAAAAGGGUGCAGGAAAUUAAAGCUGUUCUUGAAAACCUUGAAUAG